CCCUCCCUUCCCCCCUUCCUUUCCCCUUUCUUCGCCAUCCCAUCCUUCCCUCCAUCCUUUCUCCUACCUCCCUUCCCCGGCCUAGACGAUGCCGUGGUGGAGACAGCGGAGGAGGCCACGGAGCCCGCCGAGGUGGACAUCACGAGGCUGUGCCAGGACAUGUUCUCCAAAAUGGCCACGUACCUGACGGGCGAGCUCACAGCUACCAGUGAAGACUAUAAACUUCUGGAAAAUAUGAACAAACUGACUAGCUUGAAGUAUCUAGAAAUGAAAGAUAUUGCAGUAAACAUAAGUAGAAACCUAAAGGACUUAAACCAGAAAUAUGCAGCACUUCAGCCUUAUCUGGGUCAGAUCACUCUAAUUGAGGAGCAAGUUGCAGCUCUUGAGUGGGCAGCUUACAAAUUGGAUGCAUAUUCAAAGAAACUAGAAGCAAAGUACAAGAAGUUAGAGAGGCGAUGA